CAUCACGCGGCCGGCUGAGGUGUCGCUGGAGUCGACCGGCCGGUGACGCCGACGCCGACGCCGACGCCGAGCCGCUGCAGCAGCGGCGGCAGCGCCCGGGUCACCGCGCCCCCACACCAGGAAAUGGGGGACUGCAGUGGGGAUGGAAAACAAGAGGCUGACGUGGUGGACCAGACGUCCAGGCCCGUCCUGGACAAGGCGGCCGUGCCUGACUUGGUAGCACACGUCUACGGGCUCCAGGUUACCAGCGUGAAAACACUUAAUGCCUACGACGAUCUCAAUUUCCAUGUCAAGGUUGCCCCGGCAUUCACCAACCCUUACAUCGCGUCCGUGUGCCCCGAUGGGUACACGCUGAAGAUCCUGAACUCCGUCCAGUCGCGGCAGCCGGAUAUCGUGGAGGCCCACAACCAGCUCAUGUGGAAGCUGAAGGAUGGUGGCUUCAGCGUGCCGUACCCGGUGCGUACGCUGGCCGACUCUGAGUGGUCCCUGCAGCGGCUGAGGAAGAGGCCGGGCCCGGGCUGGCGGCCCGCCGAUGACUCCGAGCCGGCGGCGGAGCACGUGGUGCGCCUGCUGACCUACGUUCCUGGUGAGGUGCUGCACUCGGUGACGUACACGCCCACGCUCAUGUUCGAGGCCGGCGAGACGGCCGCCCGCAUCGGCAACUGCCUCCAGGACUUCCACCACCCGGCGUACGACGCACUGGACUCGGUCUGGUUCAUGACGUCGGUGCCGCGCGUGGCCGAGUUCACGUGGGUGGUGGCCGAUCCGGCCCGGCGCGCCAUGGCCGAGCAGGCGGUGGAGCAGUUCUGCCGCCGGGUGCUGCCGCAGAUGGACCGCCUGCCGCAGGGUAUGCUGCACGGCGACCUGAACGAACAGAACCUGCUGGUGUCGGCGGACGCCGCCGGGCGGCGCCACAUCUGCGGGAUUAUCGACAUGGGCGACAGCCACCGCUCGGCGCUGGUGUUCGAGCUGGCGCUGAUCGUCAUGUACCUGAUGAUCGACUGCUCCGAGGUCGACCGGCUGGACGUGGGCGGGCACGCGCUGGCCGGCUACCGGCGCCACCGGACCCCCACUGCGCUUGAGAUGGGCCUGCUCAAGACGUGCAUCUGCGCACGGUUCGCCCAGUCGCUGGUGAUGGGCGCUUACGCCUUCCACCAGAAUCCGGCCAACGAGUACGUCAUGACCACGGCCGUCAACGGCUGGACUGCCUUCAGACGCAUCUGGGAGGAGCCGCAGGAGCGCCUGUACGCUCGCUGGGAGGCCAUUGGACGGCAGAAUGACCGCCAGUAGGCCGCAGAUACGCGGCUCUGUGAGCUGCAUGGGGUGUGUAAUCUGGAGUAGCGUAUGGGACAGCGCAGGGACAAAACCGGAAGCAGGGCAUAGGACAUAACUGCGGGUAGACGACGGGGAAGCAAGGCAGAAUGUAGAUGGGAGGUUAGUGGGAGUCCAUAGGGCUGUUAUUCGCGCAAGGACCAGAGUUAGGACGGGACCAAUUAGCCGGAGUAUAGUUGUAUGGUGUGAUCUUAUUACAACCCUACCAUACCUUGUUAGAAAGUGAGCCCUGCAGUGGCCGGGGGUUUGAAUUUAUGACCGCAGGUGACUUGUACGCCUGGUAUGUCAUGACCACUGUGAACGUCGUGCCUAGACCAGCAAUAAUCAGGGGGCGUUUGUCGGUUACCUCACGCACUGUGGACGGGUAUCUACAUAGUCAGCAACAAGCUCAAUGAUGACACUGAAAGGUCCCGCUGCGCUGCCAAUAGCACGAACGUGAACGAUUGGAGGACGCUGUUACAGGAAGAUCCCGUUGUGGGUCAGCGCGCUGUUGUUGAUUUGUUACAAUUGCCUACCGGAAGCGGGACGUUUGGAUCGUGUCGGAAAGACCAGCUUGUCUCCAGCAAUGCCGCAGAAGCGGUUUGAUGCUUCCUGACCAUUACUCAGAUCUGUGAGCAAUUUUGAUGUGUUUUGAGAGCGAAAUGAAAUGGUGCUUGCCUGUGCUGUUACUUUGGAUGUUAUAAUAUCUUAUGCAAAUAUCUACGUUGCAAUCGCGGGUCGUUACAUGUUGUUACGUAACGUGCAAUCGUUUAGGCCAUGUGCGCGGUUAGACCCUAGUAUUCAAAGCCGCCUUGUUACGUCGCUGGUUUUAACAUUCGGCUUCCAUUGCGGUUACGAUUGCGGCUGGAAUUUGCUCGUUACUAUCUAAUGUCCGAGGACAUGGCUGAACUAUGUCCCGGUCUGUUCUGGCUGGAUGAAAAUUAUUUGCAUGGUCAGUGAUGUUCGUGAGAACUACGAUUGGUGUACCAAGUAUAGCGGGAGCCAUAGUCGCGUUUACCACUGCCAUGUCUUCCCCUUUGUGAACACUGGAUGUUGUCCGUUCUGCGUCUUCGCACCAGGCAUAAUCAUCGUAGUGGUGCGCGAUGAACCAAUUGAAAUUUGUCGCUUUCUUGUGGCAUGUCCGUGGCCAGUUUUAGACGUUCCCGUCUGACAAGAGGUGCUGCUUUGGGUGCUCAUGCUUUGAUCGU